GUAGGUCACGUGACGUUGAGUUCGCUGCGUCUGUGAAGUCUGUCGGUUUUGUUCAAGUCUUAGAUCUACUUAUUUUUUAAACUCUCGUUGUGAUUGGAAUGUAAAUGCGUACAAAUCGAGGAAACAAAAUGUGACCAAAUCUCCCCGGAUUUGUUUAAUAGCCUAUUUCAGACAUGAAAACCCUACCGCCACUAGAUCUUGCAGGGGUAUCUCCAAGUAGAAGCACAUCGUCCCAUUCAUCAGAAGCAAUUCCCACACAUAAGAAUGUGAAUGUUAGCGACCUGGUUGAGCAACCUCGUCCUUCUCCGUCCAAUAGUGAGGAACUGGUUCAAAAUGGUGCUCAAAGAACGACUACUUGCCAUGUCAACACAGAAGACACUGGUAUUGGACUGCAAGAUAUGAAACUAAAUGAUCACUUCCUAAACCAGUUCGAACCCAGUGUUCAGAGCAAGCUGAAGAUGAUAACAGCAGCACACCAGAAUGCUAAGAAGUACUUGGACAUUACAGUCACUGCGCUCAAGAACCAGAAACAAUACCUCAAGUACAUGUCCGAGCAGAACAAAGAGUACCAGGUGAAGCUUGAGAGCCUUGAGUUAGAGCUGAGACGGGAACAGGCUCUCAAGGACAAGGCAGAGCGAGACACCCAUAUGUGGAAAGCCCAGUGUAACAAGGCCGAGGCCACCUUCAACAAAGUCCAAUCGCGUAAGACACAGAUACAGGUUAGUUUGGCUCAGAUGUACGACAAAUACGACUCUCUGAUGUCGGAAAAUCAGUCCUUGAGGAGACUAGUAGAAAACCUGUCUUCAAGCGGGGAGGAGAAACGACUCUGCUUGAUGCCUGCCCGUAAACCAAAGCAAGCCCCACCAAGAACUGUGCCAGCUGAAGCUAGGAGCGACACAAUGGUGCGUUUGCCUCCAAUUGCCAAAUCAAGUCGGAGCAGAGCUCUGAACAAGACCAAACGGCCAGGACAGACGUCCCUGCCACUUAUUGAACAGGAUAGACUCAAUCUACAAGGCGACAUAGAGACAGCCACAUCCCUAAACCAGUCUCCAUACCGAUCCGCAAUCCUUCUUCCAAUAUGGCCGUGUUUGCUGGUUGGUGACGUCCUCUGUGAUAAGUGAGAGAUAGCGGACGACUGUUCCUUAUAAUAGGAUGGGUUGAGCUCGUGAGCUCUUCUUGUUGUCUACGCGUUUCUGUGUCUGUUGGGUAUCAUGGUUGACGUAUAUAUUUAUAUCAGUAUGUUUUGAGUAUAUGGAGAUAAAAGCGGGUUGUGCACACUUUGCGUAAUCCGCUGAAAAUGAGUGCAGCUUUGCGUUAAUCUGCUGAAAAUGUAUGCACGCUUUGCGUAAAUCUCCUGUAAAUUAGUGCACAGUUUGCAUAAAUCCGCUGAAAAUGUGUGCACGCUUUGCGUUAAUCUGCUGUAAAUGUGUGCACGCUUUGCGUAAAUCAGCUGAAAAUACGUGCACGCUUUUCGUUAAUCUUCUGAAAAUGUGUGCACAGGUUGUGUUAAUCCGCUACGCAAAAUGCACACGCCGGUUUGUGCGUUCACACCCCAAUAAACGCAAAAUAUAUAGACGUAAGUUCCUAAUUGACUAAAGUUGUCCUACAUAUAUAUUGUAUUGACGUGUGCUCGUAUUCAACCCUCGCAUUCUCUUCUGGUUAAACUGUUUCAAAGAUGCAAACUCUUGGUGUGUAUACCCAUCAAUUUAACACGAGAUUCCCCUGGGAUUUUCAGUAUAGCCGCCAAGAUGCUUGCAUUAACUGAGAUAUAAAAAGAUCUCUGGACACUCACCAUACAAUGUUUAAUUCCAUUUGUUUCAGUUUUGAUUUUUGUAAAUUUUGGUUUAGUCCUUGAUGGACUCUAAUGUAUUUUACAUUUAAGGUUACAGGGUUCAAUGUAUUUUUCAAUAUAUGAGUAUCUAAUGAUUAAUUUCUGAAUAAUAGCAUGUAAUAUGGUAUUACCCAUAAAAUGUGCUUGUUACACAGUUAAACAUUUACAUUUGUUGCAGACUGAAUUCUUCUUACUUUAAGGUUUCAGAAGUUGGAGCUUUGUGUUAGCUUGCAUCAUAUGACAAAGUCUUACAUUCAAUUUAAUUUACUAGUUGUGACAGUUUCAUUUUCAUUUCAUUUCAGGUAUUCUAUGGUAUAUUGAAAUUACAAUUUGAGAGAGUAGAAGUGAUAAAACAUUUUAAUUGUUUAUAAAUGUUGACAUGUUAAGAUAACGUCAGGCUUGAUUUGUUGUAUUUGAAUAAACAAAACAAAUCGUCA